AUGGCGCAGAACAAUGGUGUGCCGCCGAAUGCAGGUGCCGGACAGAUGCCACAACCACCGAACAUUCAGGAUCAGGUGAUGCAGAUCCUCACGAAUCAGCAGAUGUUGAUGGCGGAAAUGGCACAACAGCUGGCCGCCACCCAAGUUGCCAUCAGGAAUCUCUCCCCCGAUGAAAGAGUUCUGGACUCGUUAUCGAGUAACAUGGCGGAGUUCGUGUAUGACAAGGACAAUGGUCACACGUUCGACGCAUGGUUUUCUAGAUACGUCGAUCUCUUUGAUAAAGACGCUUGGAAUCUCGAUGACGCGGCAAAAGUGCGACUGCUUCUGCGAAAGCUAAGCCCACCCGAUCACGAGCGCUAUAAUAGCUUCAUACUCGAGGACAGUGAUGAUUACCUGGCAUACUCAUGCAAGGUUAACAAGGCUUGCGUCGAUUUCAAGCUUUCGGAAUUGACUGAAGAGCAAUUUAAAUGCCUUAUUUACGUCUGCGGUCUAAAGGGAAAGCAGGAUGCUGAAAUUCGAAUGCGGCUUAUCAACAAGUUCAAUGAAGCCGUCGAUCUUACGCUACAGCAAGUCGUGGAGCAGUGUAACAGCCUCGUCAACCUAAAGCAGGACGCCGUCCUAGUCGAGAAUCCGUCGUCCGUGGUGAAUGCCGUUGCUUACAAUAAGUGGCCGAAGUCGAGACAUCAGUCAGCAGUAUCGAAUUCGUUCCAUCCCCAUCAACGUGAGCAACCGAAGACUCCCUGCUGGUCGUGCGGGGGGAUGCAUUACAAAAAGGACUGCCGAUUCCGCGACCGCAAAUGCAACGAGUGCGGUAAGGUUGGGCACCGCGAGGGCUAUUGUGCCUGUUUCCAAUCGAGGGCUUCGUCUAACGCAUCGACACACACUGCAUCGAAGAGGAAGCGACCCUCGACGAAGACCGUGACCAUCCACAACAGCAGCCAGGGUAGAAAAUUCGUCGAGCUCCAGGUCAACAACGUUCCUCUUCGAUUACAAUUGGACACAGGAUCCGAUAUAUACUUAAUUUCGCACCGAUCGUGGAUCAAAAUGGGUCAGCCGAAAACAAAACCAACGGUGUGCACCGCACGAACGGCUUCCGGACAUCCACUCAAGCUGGUUGCCGAGAUGUGGUGCAGCAUUUCCCUCAACAACGUCACCAAAGAGGGUAAGUGGUUCGUUGCCGCUCCUAACGUCAGCGCUCAACCAAAUCAGUCGCUGGCUACUCUGCAAGCCAAAUUCCCGGAAGUAUUCAGCAGCAAGGUAGGCCUCUGCACGAAGGCUCCUGUCAAGCUGGUACUGAAAGGAAACCCAAAUCCAGUUUUUAGACCAAAGCGUCCCGUAGCCUACUGUAUGGAAGGUGUGGUAGAGGAUGACAUCUGUCGGUUGGAGUCCCUAGGCAUCUUGAAGAAGGUGGAUUUCGCUGAUUGGGCAGCCCCGAUCGUAGUGGUUCGGAAGUCCAAUGGAACCGUCCGAAUCUGUGCUGACCGAAUCUGUGCUGAUUUUUCAACCGGGCUCAACAAUGUGCUGGAGCCAAAUCAGUACCCCCUACCGCUGCCCGAAGACAUCUUCGCCAGAAUGUCCAGUUGUCGGGUGUUCAGUCACAUCGACCUUUCCGAUGCCUACUUACAGAUCGAGGGCCUCUUUCAAUUCACCCGCUUAUCGCCCGGCAUCAAAUCCGCUCCAGGUACAUUCCAACAGCUAGUGGAUACGAUGCUUGCCGGUCUCACUUGUACCGUUGGGUAUUUGGACGACAUCGUAGUGGGUGGUCGAACGCAAGAGGAACAUCAACGCAAUCUUCACCUCACCUUGCAACGGCUGCAAGAAUUCGGCUUCACGGUCCGCAUCGAAAAAUGCAGCUUUUACAUGCGUCAAGUGAAGUACCUCGGACAAAUACUCGAUAGUGACGGGAUUCGUCCGGAUCCAGACAAGAUUGCACCGAUCGUCAGUAUGCCAACACCGAACGACGUUACCACGCUGCGGGCGUACCUUGGAGCUGUAAAUUAUUAUGGCAAAUACGUUCCAGAGAUGCGCACCCUUCGACACCCUAUGGAUCAGCUACUGAAGACUGGUUCCCCACUUCUGUUGACGCAUUAUAAUCCAAACUUGAAAAUAGUUGUGUCGGCGGACGCUUCCUCAAUCGGGUUAGGUGCCCGGAUCGCUCACAAGUUCCCGGAUGGCACUGUAAAAGCUAUUUGCCAUGCUUCGCGCAGCUUGACAGCAGCGGAGAGUAAUUAUAGCCAAAUCGAGAAGGAGGCUUUCGGAGACGCAGAUAUCCUGUCUCGCCUGAUCAAUCGCCAUGUUCGUCCGGAAGAGGAAUUCAUCAUUGCCAACGUCGAGUUCGAAAGCAGUAUCCGAAGCAUCAUGAACCAGUCGCUGGAGGCCCUGCCAGUUUCGUUCAAGAUCGUACAAGCCAAGACCCGUAAGGACAAAACUCUGCAACAGGUAGCCCAGUACGUCAAAACAAUGUGGCCGGAGAAUAAAGCUAGCAUCACGAAUCCACACAUCCAGGAGUUUUUCCAUCGUCGCGAGGCCCUCUCAAUCACCGCUGGCUGCUUGAUCUACAUAAAGGCCAUCCAGGUAUCGACCGAAUGCGUUCUCUUGCGCGUCAGUACGUCUACUGGCCCCAUAUCGGAUAUCGAACACCUGGUGCAAACGUGCAAUGAGUGUUCGAGUGUAGCGAAGACGGAUCGUAAAACCUGCCUCGAGUCGUGGCCAGCCCCGGAGAAACCCUGGCAACGAAUUCAUCUCGAUGACGCCGGUCCUAUGGAUGGGUGGUACUACUUCAUCCUAGUGGACGCCUACACCAAGUGGCCGGAAGUGGUCCAAACAAAAGAUAUUACAUCUGCAGCGACGCUCCGAAUCCUACGCAACAUUUUUGCCAGAUUCGGGUUUCCAGAGACGGUGGUGAGUGACAACGGGACUCAAUUUACGAGCGAAGUAUUCGAGGCUUACUGUGAGUCCAACGCUAUUCUGCACCUGAAGACUGCUCCCUAUCAUCCGCAGUCGAACGGGCUCGCUGGAAGCAAUCAGUUAAGAACCCGUCAUCUGUCCGACAAGCAACUGCCUGCGUUCGAAUCACCAAGGGAUCAGCAAACUCCGUUGAGUAUCCUGCUGGGCUCCUGGAACCUGAAUGCUUUAACGCCCGAACUGGAUGAUCUGCCUCCUCUUCCUCCUGAGCUGAAUGAAGAUCUGCCCCCGCAGGUCAGUCAUCGUCAACAACACAGUUCCCCUCAACAACAGCAACAACAACCAACAGCAGCUCGCACGUCUUCGAGGACUCGAAGGCUUCCUGCGAGAUAUGUGCCUUACCAUCUGUGUUAA